UGUACCCUGGAUAAUGGCAAACACUGCGUCACGACACCAUGGCAUACAUUGGCAGGGGAGGCCAAGAUUCAGCAAGAAUUUGAGUUGAUUGCCGAUGCGGAUCUCGAGUUCAUCUUGACGCUGCAAGCGAAGUACGAGCCUCCCAUGUCUCCCAAGAAGCCAGCUUCUACACUCGGCAGGCUGCUGCAGUCGCCUAGGAAGCACAAGUUGACUGGCAGUGUGACGAGUCUGUCAUUGGCUGGGUAUGUCGCUGCAGAUGGUUCGUUUGCCCGUGCAUACUUGGCACUUUCAACAUUUGUCAACAAGGCUUAUGGCAGGCCGCACUCCAUGGUUGUACCGGUUCUGAAUGAAUGGGCCAUUGAAGCAACAGGUCUCGCGAGUACAAGCAAGGGUACACCAACACGUCGUCGCAAACCGUACAAGAUUGGUGAGAUUGAGUUACAAGUCCUGUACGUCCCACCCGUGGAAGCCAACGACUUGCCAUUUUUGCCAACGAGUUUGGGUCAAGCGGUUCGUGAUAUGCGUGAUGCAGCCUGGCACACAACUCAAUCGUGUACUGGCUUUCUGUCUCAACAAGGUGGUGAUUGUCCGUACUGGCGCAGACGACAAUUCAAGCUCGUUGGCAGCAAAUUGACAGCCUAUCACAGCUCAACAGGUCAUAUCCGAGCCACCAUCAAUGUCGCCAAAGCAACACAUGUUACGUCCGAUGCAGCAGCAUUGACGGAGCCCGAUGUCGUGGUUGGCAAGGGAGAUCGUCAAACGCGUCGAAAAUCAGGCUUUGCUGAACGUGAAGAGGGGCAUUUGUAUGUCGCUGAGGGAUUCCGCUUACGAUUUGCCAAUGGUGAAGUGAUUGAUUUCUAUGCCGACAAUGCAGAGGAGAAGCAGAGGUGGUUGGAGGCGCUGACGGUGGUGGUGGAGCAACCGCCUAUCUUGAAGGCUUGGUCGAAGCGUAUUUUGGAGGCGGAA